GCCGUCACGUGAGCGGCGCGGGCGCAGUCAGCUGAUCGCGGCGGCGGCGAUGGACUUUCUGCUGGGGAACCCCUUCAGCUCCCCGGUUGGGCAGCGCAUCGAGAGAGCUACAGAUGGAGCCCUGCGGAGUGAGGACUGGGCCCUCAACAUGGAAAUCUGUGAUAUCAUUAAUGAGACCGAAGAAGGGCCCAAAGAUGCUUUCAGGGCGAUAAAGAAGAGGAUUGUAGGGAAUAAGAACUUCCAUGAAGUUAUGUUGGCUUUAACGGUCCUGGAGACAUGUGUCAAAAACUGUGGCCAUCGCUUCCAUCUCCUGGUGGCCAGCCAGGACUUUGUGGAAGGUGUCCUGGUGAGAACAAUCCUGCCUAAGAACAAUCCUCCUGCUAUCGUGCAUGACAAGGUGCUGACUCUCAUCCAGUCCUGGGCAGAUGCCUUCCGGAGCUCCCCGGACUUGACAGGCGUUGUCAGUGUCUAUGAAGACCUGAGGCGGAAAGGUCUGGAGUUCCCCAUGACUGACCUGGACAUGCUGUCACCCAUCCACACACCACAGCGGACUGUGUAUAGCACUGACUCACAGUCUGGGCAGACCUCACCUGCAGUCCACUCCACUCAGCGGAUAGAGUCCAUCCUGCAUCCUGUCACACUGCCCAUGGGGACGGGCACUGCCAGCAAUGUGCUCAUCACACCCACGCCAGAGCAGAUCGGGAAACUGCGCAGUGAGCUGGAAGUGGUGAAUGGGAACAUGAAGGUGAUGUCGGAGAUGUUGACAGAGUUGGUGCCAGCCCAGGCUGAGACUUCCGACCUGGAACUGCUGCAAGAGCUGAAUMGGACAUGCAGAGCGAUGCAGCAGCGUGUGCUGGAGCUGAUCCCCCGUAUCCUCCAUGAGCAGCUCACCGAGGAGCUGCUCCUCAUCAAUGACAACCUCAACAAUGUGUUUCUGCGCCAUGAAAGGUUCGAGCGUCUUCGCACUGGACAGCCUGUUAAGAUGCCAAAUGAGGCAGAGAACAGCUUGAUUGAUCUGGGACCCAGUGCUCCUUCUGCAGUGAGACAACCUGAAGCCACCAACAAUCUCUCCUCUCAGCUGGCUGGAAUGAACCUGGGCUCGAGCAGUGUGAGUGCAGGGCUGCACUCCCUCGACACCUCUGGCAAGCUGGAAGAAGAGUUUGACAUGUUUGCCCUGACGCGGGGCAGCUCCCUGGCCGAGCAGCGCAAAGAGAUGAAGUACGAAGAUCCUCAAGCCUCCAAAGGACUUGCUGGCGCCCUGGAUGCCCGGCAGCAGAACACUGGAGCGGGGGAACCUGGUGUCUCCAGUGAUGGAGCCCAGCUGACUAAGUGGAUGAUGCGACAAGGAAUGGUGCCAGUCCCUCAAGCCAAUUUCAUGGAAGACAUAGAGAAGUGGCUCUCCACUGAUGUGGGAGAGUCAGAGGAUGGAAAAGGAGUCACCAGUGAAGAGUUUGACAAGUUCCUGGAAGAGCGAGCAAAAGUUGCAGACCGGCUACCCAGUUUGUCCAGCUCCUCAGCAGGGACAUCUGUCUCCCCUUCUGCUGCCAGCCAUCAUCGGAAGCAGGCAAAGGAGGAUGAUGCUAUGUUUGCCUUGUGAACACUACAGACUGGUGUGCAGUGGAAUAAGAGGCUGUGUGUGUUGUUUUGCUCGCCUCUGACCAGGGGCCAGCAGGGGAAGGGCUCUGUCCCCUUCCUCUAUUCUAUUCCUGUUUUUCUUUUGAGUUGUUUUUAUUUUUAAGCUGCUUUCAGCUUCCAGAUAAUCACUGUUGUGUUUAGGGAUGUCAUACAAUAGACUUGUGAAGGGGAGUUUUAAAGCUGCUAGAGAACAUGGAAGUUCAGUGGGCUUUUUUUUUUGGCACAGUGUGGGCCAAGCAGAAGUGGCCCAUCUCUCCGUCUGCUGAGGUGACCACAAAUCUUCCCCAAGAAGCAGGAGAGGCUGCUGAAAUCUUUCCUGCCUGUCUCUUUCCUAUCCCCCUCCAUAGAACAAGUCUCCAGCCCACUGCCUACYGCUCUUAGACUGGAAAGCUUGGGGAUCCACAGCAGUAAAGCUAGAAAAAAAAUAUAUAUAUAUAAAUGGUAGUCCRUCCCUGUUGCUGUAGUCUCUUUUGCCCAAGUACCUGUGGUAUGCAAUAGCCACAUACUCACAUACUCUCUUCCUCUUCCUGCCCUGCCCUUCCCCAUUCGUUUAUGCAGAAUUCUACCCACAACGCCUAUGUUUCUUUUGCAAGACAGCCAGUUACUGUGGCUGCAGUCCAUGGGCUGAAGGGGCUGUUUGUUGUGGGCUAGGAUGUGCCUUCAGCAAAUCCUUCACAGUUUAUUUAAUUCUUGUCUUUUUAUACUUUCCUCCCCUCUUUUCCU